AUGGCGGCGUGUUUACAAUCGAACAUCCGGCUGAAUCUGAACAAUAUCGUCGGAGGAAAAUGCAGAUCCCUCACCGAUCAGUCUCGCACGCCGUGUCGAAUAAGGUGCGCCGCCGCUUCACCUGGGAAAAAACGGUUCAACAUCGCUCUCCUUCCUGGCGACGGUAUCGGUCCUGAAGUCAUCUCCGUUGCCAAGAAUGUGCUUCAGCAAGCUGGAUCUCUCGAAGGACUGGAGUUCAAUUUCCAGGAGAUGCCCAUCGGAGGAGCAGCCUUGGAUUUGGUCGGAGUGGCCUUGCCGGAGGAAACCUUAUCGGCUGCAAAACAGUCUGAUGCCAUACUUCUUGGAGCUAUCGGAGGGUACAAAUGGGACAACAAUGAGAAACAUCUGAGACCUGAGAUGGCUCUGAUUUACCUUCGGAGAGAUCUCAAAGUCUUUGCUAAUCUGAGACCUGCUUCAGUUUUGCCACAGCUAGUUGAUGCAUCCACCUUGAAGAGAGAAGUAGCAGAAGGUGUUGAUAUGAUGAUUGUAAGGGAGCUUACAGGAGGAAUUUACUUUGGAGAGCCCAGAGGCAUUAAGACCAACGAAAACGGAGAAGAAGUCGGUUUUAAUACAGAGUUUUACGCUGCUCACGAGAUUGACAGAAUUGCUCGUGUUGCAUUUGAGACUGCUAGGAAACGGCGUGGCAAGCUGUGUUCUGUCGACAAAGCCAAUGUGUUGGAUGCAUCAGUAUUGUGGAGGAGAAGAGUAACAGCGUUAGCCUCUGAGUAUCCAGAUGUUGAGCUCUCACAUAUGUAUGUAGACAACGCUGCAAUGCAGCUUAUUCGUGACCCGAAACAGUUUGACACAAUCGUCACCAAUAACAUUUUCGGUGACAUAUUAUCCGAUGAGGCCUCAAUGAUCACUGGAAGCAUUGGGAUGCUUCCAUCUGCUAGUCUCGGUGUAUCGGGACCUGGACUCUUUGAGCCGAUACAUGGUUCUGCGCCAGAUAUAGCUGGUCAGGACAAGGCAAACCCAUUGGCCACCAUUCUCAGCGCAGCGAUGCUUCUGAAAUAUGGACUUGGAGAAGAGAAGGCCGCAAAGAGGAUCGAGGACGCGGUCUUGGAUGCUCUCAACAAAGGGUUUAGAACCGGAGACAUCUACUCCCCCGGAAAUAAACUGGUGGGAUGCAAGGAGAUGGGUGAGGAGGUGCUUAAAUCAGUGGACUCCAGAGUUACAGCUACUGUUUAA